AUUAAAAUAGUCCUAACAAUAAAACAACACUCAGUCAACCGUGUAGCCUUCUUCUGAGUGGGGAGGAGAAUAGCUCACUCUCCCUAGAGGGCCUAAGAAAGAUCAGUUUACAGGUUCCAGCAUGGGGUGGGACCCUUCCUGCUUUCCCCGUCUUGGCACUGGCACUUGGUCUGGUGACCACCACUAGCCCACAGUUGGGUCGGAAAACGUUACAGAACCCCUCUCUCCCCCACCCGAAACACACUCAGCCCUUGCACUGACCUGCCUUCUGAUUGGAGGCUGGUUGCUUCGGAUAAUGACCUCCAGGACCCCACUGUUGGUUACAGCCUGUUUGUAUUAUUCUUACUGCAACUCAAGACACCUGCAGCAGGGUGUGAGAAAAAGUAAAAGACCAGUAUUUUCACAUUGCCAGGUACCAGAAACACAGAAGACUGACACCCGCCACUUAAGUGGGGCCAGGGCUGGUGUCUGCCCAUGUUGCCAUCUGGAUGGGCUGCUUGCCACAAUGAGGGAUCUUCUUCAAUACAUCGCUUGCUUCUUUGCCUUUUUCUCUGCUGGGUUUUUGAUUGUGGCCACCUGGACUGACUGUUGGAUGGUGAAUGCUGAUGACUCUCUGGAGGUGAGCACAAAAUGCCGAGGCCUCUGGUGGGAAUGCGUCACAAAUGCUUUUGAUGGGAUUCGCACCUGUGAUGAGUACGAUUCCAUACUUGCGGAGCAUCCCUUGAAGCUGGUGGUAACUCGAGCGUUGAUGAUUACUGCAGAUAUUCUAGCUGGGUUUGGAUUUCUCACCCUGCUCCUUGGUCUUGACUGCGUGAAAUUCCUCCCUGAUGAGCCGUACAUUAAAGUCCGCAUCUGCUUUGUUGCUGGAACCACAUUACUAAUAGCAGGUACCCCAGGAAUCAUUGGCUCUGUGUGGUAUGCUGUUGAUGUGUAUGUGGAACGUUCUACUUUGGUUUUGCACAAUGUAUUUCUUGGUAUCCAAUAUAAAUUUGGUUGGUCCUGUUGGCUCGGAAUGGCUGGGUCUCUGGGUUGCUUUUUGGCUGGAGCUGUUCUCACCUGCUGCUUAUAUCUUUUUAAAGAUGUUGGACCUGAGAGAAACUAUCCUUAUUCCUUGAGGAAAGCCUAUUCAGCCGCGGGUGUUUCCAUGGCCAAGUCAUACUCAGCCCCUCGCACAGAGACGGCCAAAAUGUAUGCUGUAGACACAAGGGUGUAAAAUGCACGUCUCAGUGUGUGUUUGCAUAUGAUUUCAUCAAUCAGUAUGGUUACAUUGAUAAAAUAGUCAAUCCAGGAACAGUUAUUUAGAAUUCAUAUUGAAUUAAAUUAAUUGCUAGCUUAAUCAAAAUGUUUGAUUCUCCUAUACUUUUUCUUUCUAUUACUCUUAUAUUUUCACGUCAUUCUCUCUGCUAACCUUCCACCUUAUGUACACACUUUCCCUAUAUUUUAAGAUAAGUCUGCUAGGAUGUAGAAAUAUUUGUUUGUGAUUUCUAUAUAGCUAUUAGAGAUUAUGACACAGUAAUAUUAAAAUGAAAUGAUACUUAAACAGAAAGCAAUUUCAAAAGAGGCCAGGGACCCUAAUCUUUGAGGAUAUGAAGAAACUUACUUUUCUCCCUGGCUUUUGGUUCACUUUUUGUACUUUUAACAAGUGGGUGAAUUAUUUGAUAAUUUUGAGGAAGAUUAUUCUUUUAAAUUCAAACUAGUAUAUCAAUGCCUACCAUUACUCUGAUUAUAUUAAAACAGAAAAAGGAAAUAACAACUUCGUAUACCAGCCACUGGUGAGAGUUAAAGACAAGAGCUGCCCCCCCCCCACCCCCAAAUGUCAAAGGCAAAUGCUAAAUUGAUACUGGCGCUCGUGGUGACUUUCUACCUCACUAACAACAUAAGGGAUCUCCAUAUUAUUUCACCACUAUUCUAGCUUUGCUGAUAUAUUGCCAAAUGAUUAGACUACAGAAUAGUUCAACCAGAGAAUUUACUCAUUUAUUGAUUAAACAUCCAAAUACUAUUGUAAUAUACUAUGUUAAAAUUCAUCAAUUCAAGUGCCCACACACCACUGAAUCAUCAGCACCAAGCAAUAUAUUAGACAUAUGGCAAAAUUCAACAAAUAUAUUUUGAUAUAAAUAAAUAAACGUUCACGACUUUACUUAAAAAAUCAAUGUUGCGGCUGGGCACGGUAGCUCGCGUCUGUAAUCCCCGCACUUUGGGAGGCCAAGGCGGGUGGAUCACGAGGUCAAGAGACGGAGACCAUCCUGGCUAACAUGGUGAAACCCCGUCUCUACUAAAAAUACAAAAAUUAGCCGGGCGUGGUGGCGGCGCCUGUAGUCCCAGCUACUCGGGAGGCUGAGGCAGGAGAAUCGUUUGAACCCAGGAGGUGGAGGUUGCAGUGAGCGGAGAUCACACCAUUGCACUCCAGUCUGGCAACAGAGCGAGACUCCAUCUCAAAAAACAAAAAUAAAUAAAUAAAUAAAUAAAUAUUCUUCAUAAAAUGUGGGUUUUGGGGAAAUACAGAAUUACAUAUACAUUUAACGAAGUCGCUAAUGACAUUUCAUUCACAUUCAUAAUGUAACCAUCUUGAAUUUUUUUAAUUGUAGCGAUUUUAAAAAUGUAAAAUUUAAUUUCCAGUUUUCUAAUUACUUGUCAGUCACAUUAAUAACAUUAGUACCUUUACAGUACCCUUGCAGUACCUGAAAAGAAUAUCAACUCACCCAGAAAUUAGUUCUUUGAAAAAAAAGAAAUUAAGUUGUGAAUUUCUAAAGACCUUGAAAUAAGUGUUUCAAAUUUAAAGAACAAAGAAUGAUGUGAAAAUGAGAUUAUGAUUCCUACUACAUGAAUUAACGUUUCGAAAUUGCUGUUUAUUACUUCCCAGAGUAUCUUUAACAGUAUUCUCUGAAGCAGUUCCAAUCUAGUUGGAGAAUUAACAGCAAUUGAUUUAACUAUCUCAUUUUUAUUAACUGUAAUUGACAUUAAAAAUAUUUGUAAAUCAUACUCAUUAGUUAUUUGAUCAUUGUUCUAUGCAUUUUAAAAUUAAUUUUGUGUUGUUCCUCUCAAUAUUUGUUUUUAACAUUUAUUCCCAUUUUUAUUUUAUACUAUUGUCUGUCAUGCUUUAUGUAUUCCAAGAAGUCUCUUGAAAUCCUUGUGGGGAAAGGCAGGACAAAAAUAAUUAGUUAAUUAGAUUUGAAAAAUGUAAUUUUUCCAUUUUAAAUAUUUCGUUUGUAUAAGAAAAUAUUUCAGAGAACCAUGAUGAUAAUGGAUAUGUGUGACUGUUUUGAAUUUUUUUCUCAAUUAAAACAUUUUGUAUGUAAUGGGAGGAAUGUCAAGAUUUGCUUUUUAAUUUAUUUGAAACAUUCAUUUCUAAUUCAUUGUAAUUUAAUGACGCUUCCCAAAAUAAAGCAUAAAGAAGACUAUGCUUUGUAUGGCAACUAGUGAACAACAAAACAAAUAUUAAAUGAUGAAGCUGUAAUUAUUGACAGGUUGUGAUGUAACAGGGCAAGAAAGAAAAAAGUGGUAUAAUCCAAAGGCAUAUACAGGUAAGAUUAUUAGAUUGAAACAUUAAAAUAGCUCACUAAAUACUGGGUACUACUAUUUAGGCAUGGCUACUAAUUGCAAUAUAAGAAAAGAAAAAAUUUUAAAAAUUGGACAAUGCUAUUUAUCCACCCCUUCAUUAACUACUUUCUUUCUAAGAUCAAAUUUUUAAAUUAAAAUUACCUUUCAUUUUUAUAAAAUCUGUAUAUGUGCAUUGUAAAAUCUUUGUGUAAAAAACACAAAGAUUCAAAAAUAUAUCUUAUUUAAAUACCAAGGCAACAUUAUCACCAAAUUCUCUCUACCUGGGACAUCACUACUCCUAAAACUUUAUUGAAUCUCUACACAGCCUCCCACAUAUUCUCUAUUUGUGCACAUACCCGUAAAGACACAUUCAUAUAAAUAUGUAUCUCUUUUUGAAGAGAUCAUUUCAUAUGUUGCUUUAUAUUUACGUUUUUUCUUAUUUAACUACCUCUGAUUUAUGGUAAGCAAUACAUUUCACAUCUAAUACCUAGUCUAUGUUUAAAUCUCUUCAAACAUUUAAAAACAUUCUGCACAGCUACUUUGUCAAAACAAGGAUCUGCCUUUCAUUUUGUUAAGUCCCUUAAGUCUCUUUUAAUCAAGUUACACUUUUUUCCCACUGAUCUUGACUUGUUAAAACAGCAGGACCAGUUUUUGUACACUUUGUUCCACCUUCUGGAUUUGUCUGGGGAUGUCAUGUAGCUUAAUUUCUCAAUGCCUUGUAUUUUCAGUAAUGGAAGUUUAAAUCUAAAGACUAGAUGGAAUCAAGCUAAAUAGUUUGUAGAAUACAACAUAGAUGAUGUGACAGCAUACCUGGAGACCUAAUAAGUGGUUGAUUUACUCUUAGUUUAAAUGCUAAAAUUGUUCACUGGAUUAGAAAGUUGGUGAGCUUACCCCUCAAUUUUUCUGUGCGUGUGUGUAUGUAUAUAUACACACAGAGAAUAUAUAUACAUAUAUAUAUGGAAUAUAUAUAAAUGGAUAUAUAUGUAAUAUACGGAUAUAUAAUAUAUGGAUAUAUAAUAUAUAGAUUUAAUAUGGAUUAAUAGGUGGAGUUUAUAUAUCCAGGGUUGCAUUGAGUGUCUGCAGCUUUUCCAGGCACAUGGGUGCAAGCUGUCAGUGGAUCUACCAUUUCAAAUGGCAGUAUUUUAUAUAUUCAUAUAUUAAUCCAUAGUAAAGAAGUACAUAUAUAUAUUUCAUUAAUAAAAACAAGUAAUCAAUGUAGUGUUAUUGUGAAACUAUGGGAAUACCAUAUUCCUCAUCAACCGUAUACAUGAUAGUUUUAACAAUUGAUAAUUCUUAUCUGUGCUAAUGCUUUCAUAAAGAUUUGUAGAAAGAGAACUUUCUAAUUCUAUUGCAUCUGCAUCUUUCAUAGAAAUUCUUCUGUAAAAAAGCCUUUGCCCCUUCACUGGAGUCUGUUCAAGUUAGCCUGAAAGGAUAGGAUGAAUAUUCAGUUCUUUCCCUCUAUUCGCCAAUUUACUAAUACAAACUAAGGAGCUUGUUUUUUAGUGAUAUGAUAUAUAAUUUAUUUUCCAAAUUGGUACACUUUUGAGAAAAAAAGUGAGCGCCAUUAAUCAUGAAGUAAGGAUGUUCCUCAGAAAGCAAGGCCAUAUGGUCUCUCUCUUAAAGAGUUAUGUGUACAAUUUUUUAGUAGUUUUCCAUUUCUGACUAUUAGUAUAGAAUUAUAGAUUUUCUUUAAUUCAAUGUUUAAUCCACUGUAAUCAUUAUUGUUUUGGUACUCAAAUUAUUAAAUGUUUGAUCAAUAGAGACUGCUUAAGCUAGCUCCUAUGUGUUCUUGACACAGGCCUAUUAAUAUUUUUUUCAGUAGUCUUAAUGUUGAAGUGUAUGUAGAAAAUUACAAGUUUAUAGCUAGAUAGAUUCUUACAAUGUGAAUAUACCUAUACAAUCAAUAUUAUGUUAAGAAAUAGUGUUGCAGCUUUUGUAGUUUGGUGUGCAGGAGGGAAUGGCACCCGGUAGCUUUUAUUCUCCCCCAUUGCUUGGCAAGCAGGAAGGAGGGUUACUGUGUUAGAGGAUUCCUCCAGUGCUGCUUCUCCAGCUUGAAAUCUCUGGCUGCCAUGACCUCUGCCUGGGGCUGUGCUCCAGCCUGCCAAGCUCACUCUGUCCACUCGGCUCAGCAGACUGAACUCAGCUCAUGCCCUGGCCUGGAUCCCACACCCACCAUAGGAUCUGCACUCAGCCUGUGGCUGGACCAGGCAUGCCACAAGCAGCUUCCAUACUGGGCAUUGGUGUCUACACAGGGGGAAUGUGGAGGCACCUGAAAACCUGGAGAUGCCAACAACUGUGGAGCCCCAAGGAGUGUUAAAGCUCUUGCACAGGGCGUCCUGAGAUCUGAGUAUCAAGAAAUGUUACACCUUUCUCUUGUUCCCACCACACACAGCUUGGUGAGUUCCAGGUUCUUGUCCCGUGACCAAAAAGAAUAAGGCACGCAGACACUGGAUAGUGAGUAGGGCAAGGAAGAAUUUUAUUGAGUGACAGAGAAAAGCUCUCAAAGGAGAAGGGACCCAAGAAUGGGUAGCUCUUUUUUGAGAGGGGGCCUGAAGGUGGGUAGGCCUCUGUGAGACUGAGUCCGGGGUUUUUAUGGGCUUUGAAUGGGGGAGUACAUGCUGAUUGGUCCAUGGGUGAAUUGGGAAAAGCACCAAUUGAUUGAUUAAAAGACAUCAAGGAAGUUCUCACUCCCAUCAUGGACUCUACCCAUAACUCACAGCUCAGUUUUCAGGCUUUAAACUGCCUUUGGCUUGAAGGUCAGUUUUCACCAGGGACCUGUCCCUGUCUGCCUAGGAAUUUGUAUGUCUCCUGUCACUGUCGAUAGCCAAUCACUACCAACUCUCCCCCACAACACCACUGUGCAAGAAGUUCUGGACCCAGCCAUUAUUCUCACAAUCCGGUGGGUAAUCCCUAUCCUGAUUUCAAACACUAUAGAUUAGUUUUUCUCUAUUUCUGAACUAUUAUGUAUUUAACUCUUUUUGUCUGGCUUCUUUCACUUACUAUUAUGUUGUGAGGGUCAACAUUCCUUUAUAUUGUUGUAUAUGAUUUAGUUUGUUUAUCUUCAUUGCUGUAGAAUAUUAUCUUGCAUAAAUAUAACACAAAUGUUUAAUCCAUUUUAUGGGACAUGAAUAUUUAAUUUGUUCCCAAUUUUGGCAAUUGCAAAUAGUGCUGCUAUGAGCACUGUUGGACACAAUUUUGAGAGACAUAUGCACUCCUUUGUCUUAGAAAUAUACACAGGAUGAGGAUUGCUCCAUCAGAGGUUGUAUUAGUCUGUUCUCAACUGCUAUAAAGAACUGCCCAAGACUGGGUAAUUUAUAAAGGAAAGAGAUUUAAUUGACUCACAGUUCUGCAUGGCUUGGGAAACCUCAAUAACUUACAAUCAUGGUGGAAGGGAAAGCAGGCACAUCUUACAUGGCAGCCAGUGAGAGAGAGCAAUCAUUUGAAGGAGGAACUGUCAAAGGCUUAUAAAACCAUCAGAUCUCAUGAGAACUCACUAUCACAAGAACAGCAUGAGGAAAUCUGCCUCCAUGAUCCAAUCACUUCCCAUUCUCAACACGUGGGGAAUACAGAUCACUUCCUCGACACAUGGAGAUUAUAAUUUGAGAUGAUAUUUUGGUGGGGAGGCAGAAUAAAACCAUAUCAUUGCACUCCUGGUCCCUCCCAAAUCUCAUGUCUUUCACAUUCAAAACCAAUCAUGCCUCCCCAACAGUCCCCCAAAGACUUAACUCAUUUCAGCACUAAUCUGAAAGUAUAAGUCCAAAGUUUCAUCUGAGACAAGGCAAGUCCCUUCCACUCAGAAGCCUGUAAAAUCAAAAGCAAGUUAGUUACUUCCAAGAUAAAAUGGGGUUAGAGACAUUGGAUAAAUGCUCUUAUUCCAAAUGGAAGAAAUUGACCAAAACAAAGGGGCCACAGGCCCCAUGCCAGUCCAAAACCCAGUGGGGGCAAUCAUUAAAUUUUAAAGCCCCAAAAAUGAUCUCU